AUCAAAGAUGCUCAUGCAUGUCUUGUGUUAGCAAACAAAUAUUGUGACGACCCUGACCAGGAAGAUGCAUCUAACAUUAUGCGUGUAAUAUCCAUCAAGAACUAUCAUGCUGAUAUUAAAGUUAUCGUUCAGCUUCUGCAAUACCAUAAUAAGGCUUAUUUAUUGAACAUUCCAAGCUGGGAUUGGAAACGAGGAGAUGACGCUGUAUGUAUAGCUGAACUAAAGCUGGGUUUUAUAGCUCAAAGUUGUCUGGCACCCGGCUUCUCUACGCUGAUGGCUAACCUGUUUACCAUGAGGUCAUACAAACCAUCAGUGGAAAUGCCACAGUGGCAGAAUGAUUACAUGAGGGGAACAGCAAUGGAGAUGUAUACAGAAUUUUUAUCCAGCUCAUUUAAUGGCCUUACAUUCCCAGAAGCAGCAGAACUGUGUUUUGCAAAGUUAAAGCUGCUGUUACUGGCAAUAGAAGUUAGGUCAGAAGAAGGCAAGGAGAGCACACUAGCAAUCAACCCAGGACCAAAAGUGAAACUAGAGACAGCAACGCAGGGAUUCUUCAUAGCAGAGUCGGCAGAGGAAGUUAAAAGGGCCUAUUAUUACUGUAAGAGUUGCCAUAGUGAAAUAUCUGAUAUUAGAAUGAUCAAGAAAUGCAGAUGUAGACCAUGUAAGUAUUAUAGAUAUACCAGCAAACUACCUUAGCAUCAUGUAUAUAUAAAUCACUGGUCAGUUAUUGAAACAAAACAUAGCAUGGGAUAAUAUAAUAAUCCUAGUAAAGUAAGAUAUAUUGAAAUCAAUGCUAGACUCACUCAUGUCACAUUAAGUUUGUAAGAAAAUCACAAAAUUUUAGUCUGGAAUUGAAACACCAGACUUAAAAAUGAGACAAUCACGAGAUCGAUUUUUGCACUUUAUUUUUUGUUUACAAUUGUAAAGGGAUGCAUUUUUUAUUUCGAUUUCAAAUGUGAACAGAUGUUCUUUAUAUACAUUAAAGAAUGACAGGUUUUAUAAAGUUGUAACAUCUUGUGAAGUUCAUUUAACCAGUACCAAAAUAGAAAAUUUUAGUCUUGUACAAACAAUAUAUAAAUC